CCUCUACAGUACCAAAUCAGAGCGAUAGAGGCUCCAUUAUGUACAGUCUUACUGCAUGUGAGGCUUUAACAAAUUGCAUUUCAGCAUAUAGGGGGUGUUGCCACAAAGUAGCCAUAUUGAAUGAAUUGAGCUGUUCCACUGUCAACCAUUGUUGUCAACCCCACCAGGUCCCGAUGAAGACAGCUUCUCAUCAAUUCUACUCCUCACGCUCCUCUUCUUCACGAUGGCCGCCACGGACAUAGACGUCUUCGCUAAUGAAGAGAAGCGUAGCCUGGAGCUGGGCGGCCAUGUUGGGUUUGACAGUCUUCCAGACCAGUUGGUCAGUAAAUCAGUCACACAGGGAUUCUGCUUCAACAUCCUGUGUGUCGGUGAGACAGGGAUAGGGAAGUCAACGUUGAUGAACACACUGUUCAACACACUGUUUGAAGCCGAGGAGGCCAGCCACUACCAGAACGGUGUGUACCUGCGGCCCAGGACCUACGACCUGAAGGAGAGCAACGUUCAGCUCAAACUGACCGUAGUCGACACCGUGGGGUUCGGAGACCAGAUCAACAAGGAGGAGAGCUUCAAACCCAUAGUGGACUACAUCGACACCCAGUUUGAGACCUACCUGCAGGAGGAGAUGAAGAUCAAACGUUCCCUGUUCAACUACCACGACACCAGGAUCCAUAUCUGUCUCUACUUCAUCGCCCCUACUGGACACUCUCUCAAAUCCCUGGAUCUGGUCACCAUGAAGAAACUGGACAGCAAGGUAAACAUCAUCCCCAUCAUUGCCAAGGCAGACACCAUAUCUAAGAGCGAGCUGCACAAGUUCAAGAUCAAGAUCAUGUCAGAGCUGGUGAGCAACGGUGUUCAGAUCCACCAGUUCCCUACUGAGGAUGAGGCUGUCACCGAGAUCAACUCCUCUAUGAAUGCCCAUCUGCCCUUUGCUGUGGUGGGGAGUGUUGAGGAGGUUAAAGUGGGGAAUAAGAUGGUGAAAGCCAGACUGUACCCCUGGGGAACUGUACAGGUGGAGAACGAGAGCCACUGUGACUUUGUGAAGCUGAGAGAGAUGUUGCUGAGAGUGAACAUGGAAGACCUGAGAGAGCAGACUCACGCCAGACACUAUGAGCUCUACAGACGCUGCAAACUGGAGGAGUUGGGCUUCACAGAUACAGACCCUGACAACAAACCCUUUAGUCUGCAGGAGACGUAUGAAGCCAAGAGGAAAGAGUUCCUGGGGGAUCUGCAGCAUAAGGAGGACGACAUGAGACAGAUGUUUGUGAACAAAGUGAAAGAGACAGAGGCAGAGCUGAAAGAAAAGGAGAGGGAGCUCCAUGAGAGGUUUGAGCAGCUGAAGAGGAUGCACCAGGAGGAGAAGAGGAAUCUGGAGGAGAAGAGGAGCGAUCUGGAGGAAGAAAUGAACGCAUUCAACAGGAGGAAGGUGGCAGCUGAGACGCUGAUGGGUCAGUCCCUACAGGCAUCCUCACAAUCAUUCAGAAAGGACAAGAAGAACUUCUUUAGUCUUCCGUCUGCGUGCUCCCUAACAUCAGGAAGGAAUUUAAAUUAGAAGACUGACUUUCUACCACGCCAAAAGGAUGGCUGUUCUAUUCUUCCCCGAUUUGACAAUUAACAAGCUAUUGAGGUUACUGUUUUUUUACAGUGUUAUUCAAAGCUUCAUUUUUGUAAAAUCCUUUAGUGCAUCCUAAAUGGCACCCUAUUCCCUAUACUGUGCACUACUUUUGACCUAAGCCCCUGGUUAAAAAUAGUUCAUUACACAGGGAAUAGAGUGCCAUUUGGGAUGCAUUCCUUGCUGUGCUGUGCUCUCCUUCCUGAACUCAAGUGAUGUUCUUACCUAAUACCUAGUCUUGGAGUCUUCCAUACAGCUCAGCAUAUUAGGACACACGUUCUCUAAUAGUCAGACACUAUAUAGGCUAUCUAUAGGGCUAUAAAGUAGUGCAUUAUAUUGGGGAUGCAACUUUGGAUCAAUAACAGCUGAUGCUCUAUAGCAUGCUUCUCUGCAUGACAUUUUACACAUGACUUUCUUCAAUAAGCAUAAGAUAACUAGCCGAGGUGCCAGUCUGUUUAUGUUCUAGAAAGCAGUUGGUAAGAGAGCCGUAACCGACUGGCAUUCAGGCUGAAAGACAACAAUUUUCAGAUUAAAAGCCCCCAGAGCAUAUUAAGUAGUUCAUUAGAUGAACAAAUGUGUUUUCCAUGACUGUUCUAUGUAUUGACUAGUGACUCGUCUUAUUCCACUGAAAAUCUGUAAGAGUUUUAUUAAGGGUGCUGCAAGAGGUUGUUACGGUUGUCUAUUUAUAAGAAAUAAGAACUUUAUUUAACAAACUGUGACUUUGUGGAAUAUGAUCUAUGGAUUAGUCUACCUACUUAAAUAAAAUAAUAAUGUUAUUUGUGCUAUGGUGGUUGGGAUUGUAUAAUUUGAUGGCUGUAGAUUAACCACCAAGGUGUAUUGUUGAAUUUGUAUGAAAUUAAGAACAAUAUUCCAGCAGAACAAAAUGAGCUUCUUUCAAUUGUUAUUUGAAAUUACACUAAAACUACAAAAUAUAAAUGUUAUCCUAAAGUGUACAAGAUUAUAGUUAAACAAUCUUAAAAUAAGUUGUCUUAUAAAAGUGAUAGGGUAUAAUCAAUCUCGUAUAGAUUUGUAUUUGCUCGCUAUUAAUAAAGCUACUUUGAAAAAUG